UCUUUUUCAGGUGUCCAGCAUGUCCUGGCUGUUCCAACACAGGACGCUCUGACAAUGAGCAUCAACUCGCCUCUCAGCAACGAGAACGCCUCAGGGAACCUUACGGUGCUGGAAGACGGAGCUGGCCGAGUUACAGAGUCCAUUGCUAUUAUUGUCAUCACCAUUUUCAUUUGUUUAGGAAACCUGGUGAUCGUCCUCACUCUUUACAAGAAGUCGUACCUCCUCACGCUGAGCAACAAGUUUGUUUUCAGCCUGACCCUGUCCAAUUUCCUCCUCUCCGUGCUGGUGCUUCCUUUCGUCGUAACCAGCUCCAUCCGGCGGGAAUGGAUCUUCGGAGUCGUUUGGUGCAACUUUUCCGCCCUGCUCUACAUGCUGAUCAGCUCGGCCAGUAUGCUCACUCUCGGACUCAUUGCAAUCGACCGGUACUACGCUGUCCUGUACCCGAUGGUUUACCCAAUGAAGAUUACAGGUAACAGAGCUGUUGUUGCCCUUCUGUACGUCUGGCUGCAUUCCCUCAUCGGGUGCCUUCCUCCCCUCUUUGGCUGGUCCUCGUUAGAGUUUGACCAGUUCAAAUGGAUGUGUGUGGCCGCGUGGCAUAAAGAAGCGGGCUACACUGCCUUUUGGCAAAUCUGGUGCGCGCUGCUGCCCUUCUUAGUCAUGAUGAUUUGCUACGGAUUCAUAUUCCGCGUGGCCAGGAUUAAAGCACGGAAGAUUCACUGCGGGAGCGUGGUCAUCGCGGAGGAAGACACCCAAAGGAAUGGGAGGAAAAACUCCAGCACUUCAACGUCCUCGUCAGGCAGCCGAAGGAAUGCUUUCCAAGGGGUCGUUUAUUCCGCCAAUCAGUGCAAAGCUUUGAUAACUAUCUUGGUUGUGAUUGGUGCUUUUGUAAUCACAUGGGGGCCUUACAUGGUGGUUAUUACAUCCGAGGCGCUUUGGGGGAAAGACAGCAUUUCCCCUGCUUUGGAGACACUGGCAACUUGGUUGUCUUUUACGAGUGCUAUUUGCCACCCUUUGAUUUAUGGACUCUGGAAUAAAACGGUACGCAAAGAGUUGCUGGGAAUGUGCUUUGGAGACCGGUACUACAGAGAAUCAUUUGUACAACGGCAAAGGACGUCCAGAUUAUUUAGUAUUUCUAAUAGGAUCACAGAUUUGGGACUUUCUCCACAUCUCACAGCUCUCAUGGCAGGUGAGAGGACUUUAGGACACAGCAGCAGCACUGGUGAUACAGGUUUCAGCUGCUCUCAGGAUUCGGGAACAGAUGUCAUGCUGCUUGAAGACUAUAGUUCUGAUGGAGUUCAUCACCCACAUUGCCUUUAUCCCCAUCGACGGAGGAGUUCUGUGACUUUUGAAGAUGAAGUGGAACAAACUAAAGAAGCGGCAAAGAAUUCUGUUCUCCAGGUAAAAGCUGACGUUCAUAAGUCUCUGGACAGUUAUGCAUCCAGCCUGGCCAAAGCUAUUGAGGCAGACGUGAGGAUCACCUUGUUUGGUGGAGAUGCUUUACCUGGCUCUCUGUUUCCAGUGCGAACUGUGACAGGCAGCAACGCUGGUGCCCGGCGUGGGGGCAGGACCCACGUUGGACAAAGACUGCAGCUACAAAGCAUUGAGGAAGGGAACACUUGAAAUUUCUCCCAACAAGGAACAGACGGAACCACUAGGGACGAUACAAGGCCUUUGGAAAAGAAAGCAAAAUGGCCUUCAGUGUUUUAGUCCAAGGACAUCUAAAAAAAAAAAAUACCUGAAGUCUUGUCUUAACAGUAUUAGAAUUUGUGUGCAUAUGUCAAAUAUAUGUGUUUUGCCCUUCAGGGUAGGGUUAAGGCCACCUUGUGCCUGACUGGCUGCUCAGUUAGGAAACUGGUCAAAACGAAAAGGAAAUUAGAAGUAGACAAGGGAGGCUACUCACAACAUGAAUGAUAAACUCUGCUUCUUGAAGUGAUAUGGGAUUCCUUACAGGAUCAUCUUCCUACUUGUUUUCUCUUUAAUUCCACCCACUGACACUAUCCAUUUGAGACAGCUGCUUUCCUCCACCCACCCUAUGCUUUCAUAAAUGCAACAAUUUCCUUCACAUGCUCCUGGAGAACAGUACAAAGAAACACAACAGUUGCCUUAAUAGAUCAAGUUGAGUUUGUCAUGUCUAGUGUUCGGCAAUGGCUGAGAGAUGGCAUUAUCACACUGUGGGGAAGACAAGAAAACUGAAAAGGAAAACUUUCAGGCAUCAAGGAUUGGUUCCUUACCAGAUUGAAAAGGAGAUGAAUAGGCUGCAAUCCUAACCCCACUUGUCUGGGAAUGAGCCCCACUGAAUUCAGUACUUCUGAGUAGACAUAAGUUAGUACGGCACAGUAAAGCAGGUGUUUUAUGGUUGGACACGUGCAGAAAUGUAUGUCUAGUCUUACUUUAAUGACUUUUGAAAAGUGCCACGUAUGUGGUUUUAACUAAUGCACAACAGUUGAACCAGUUUUUACAUCCCAUUGGCGGUGUUUUCAGGUAAGCUGUGAAUCAAGGUUUUCCUGAUGUGAAACCAAAUAACAUCAUAAAGUGAGUGUUUGAAAACUGGAAUUCAUCAGGUCAUCCACAACACAAUGCAACUCAUAGUCAAACUGAAACCUUUUCAGACAGCUGCUUGAAAGUCUCUGUCCCUCUUUUCUUCUCUCCCCACCCCCCAGUACUUCUUUUUGGGGUUUCAAGGAAAGGCUGAAAUCUCGAGUCUGCUGAAACAAUUGGGAGUUUUGCUAUGCCAGAGCAUAGCUAUCACUAAUCAGGCUUUGACAAAAUUUAGCAAAUGGUUAGCUUAGAAUGCUGGGUUCGCAGGGGCAGCUUUGAAUUCAACAGCGCGUAUUGCGAGGCACCUUGCCUUUAAAUUCUCCUUUUAUCCCAUCUAUAACAUACAGAAAUAGUAGGUGUUAUUUGCCUACUCGUGCCAUAUGGGAUUACUUAAAUAAUUACCAUACAGUGGUCAAAACAUAUUUCAAGUGCCAUGAAUAAACCUGCAGACAUACAGUAUGUCCAUGGCUACUAAUUCUUUAAGGUUGGAAGGGAGAAAUGAGACUCUUUUUAGUGGUGGUAUUGUAGCAUGCUCUCCUGAAGACCACUUUUAAUUUCCACUUCAGUUCUGCUUAAAUCUGUGGGAACGGCUUCCAAGUAAAUAUGGUUGGGAUCACAGCCAUGCAGGCUGGGGCUGAUAGGUGCUGGAGUCCAACAAUAUCUGGAGGGCAACUGGUUCCCCAUCCCUGCUAAUAGCCUAGUGAAUAUGCUAACAAUGCAUUUAUGUGCAUGGAAAAGUUGCUGAAUUUCCCCUUCUAAGUAUUCCUCCUAGCACCACAGCAAAAUGCUGCCCUGAAAUGCUCCCUUUCCUUUACAGGGGGUGUGGAGGAUGCCAUAAGGUGAGGCUUGGAAAAACCUCUGAAUGCGCUUUUAAGACUGAAAUUUCAUAAGGAUGUGUUUCCAUUUGUAUUACUCCACUCAGUAAUAUAAGUCACUGUGUGACAAAAAGCACUUGCCAAUCUUUGGUUAAACAAAUGAAUCUUUAGAGUAUCCAAUUAUUUUAAUGGUAGGAGUCCAAGAUUUUGCACAGACCUUUUCUGAAACCAUCUACCCAAAUGAUGUUUACAACAGUUACAACUGUGCCAAGAGCUUUGAAAUGUUUUAAUAUUCUGUGUAUAACACCUGUUCUGCAAUACUGAGCAGCUCUUAACAACUUUGGUAAAUGUGUUCAAGCACUCCUUCUGCUAAUAACCUUUCUACAGAACAGCGGCAUUUCUAUACUUGCUUUCCCCCUUCCUUAACUGCAGAUGGAAAAUAAUUAUAUAUUUCAAAUAUUAAGGAAUCCACUCUAGAUGAAUCCCAUGUGGAGGCUACUAUGGCUAACAUCUAAGGCUGCAAUCCUAAAUACACUUACCUGGGAGUCUCAUUGAACUUAACGAGUCUUUACUUCUAAGUAGAUAUACUGCAAUAGUAGCAUAAACACAAUGUGAUUGGGGGGGGGGGAGAGAUUAUCCUAACUUUACCUGCUGAAGAACUGGCAUCUUGCAGGGCUGGCACUAAUUUUAAGCAGCAGGUGCUGGGAUAAGGGAGAGCAAAGAUGUUGUAGGGACUCUGCUUCAUACAAACCAACCUGUGCCCUCUAAGCUGCCUGGAGAUUGGGUGGUCUAGUCAGCCUCUGUAUUUGAACUGGGGCGGAGCUGGAGCAGGGAACCAUCCUGCCUUUCACCUCAGGCAGAAGAAUAUCUUGGGCCAGCCCUGGCAUCUUGCAAUGUCUUCAUUUCAUUGUCACAUCUGAUGUGCCUUCAGGACACUGCUACCAGCUCCCUCAGACUCCAGGUAAUUCUCAAGUCACAUAGUGGCAAUGGAAGCUUGUGCCCAAAAUCAAGAUGCCAAAAGUAUUUUCAAGAGACAGAUACGGUUUUUCUUGCCUGUAUUUCAAAGAGAAAACCUAUUGGUAUUAAUUGGGCCUAUUAAACCAGUCUUAUUUCUGUAGUGGAGGAACAGAUAGAGGAGUCAGAUAGCUAUGGUCAGCGUUUGCUGUUUCAUUGCAAGAACUCUGAAAUGAUGAUUAGAUAAAUUUAUGGGGAAUAAGACUAUAAAUGUUUACUAAUCCAUGAUGCCUUUGUUAUUUCUCACAUCAGAGGUAGCAUGCCUCUUGCUGUCUGUUGCUCUGGUUCACGACAGAGAGUGCUGUUGUACUUAUGUCCUACUUGUGAGCUUCCCGUAAGCAUCUAUCUGGUUGGUCACUGUGAGAACAGGAUGCCAGAUUACAUGGACCUUUGCUUUGGUACAGCAGGUCUCUCUCUAUUUCCUUAUGGUACUCCUACUGAGCAGAAAAGUAAGUUAAUGAAAUAAUAUUCUCAUACAGAUUUUUGUUGUAGAUGCAUUCUCAUUUUGUAUUCCCUCCCCCAAUUGUUAAAAAAGAUAUAUGGUUUUCUAUAUGAAUGCUUUGAAAAAUAAAAAAUGUAUGAAGAUAA